AUGAAUUAUCCAGAUAUUCCUGAUGAAUAUGCCAACUUUGCCGAUGCUAUAAAGGCUACUUUGAAAGAAUCUAUCAAGAUUAAAUUGAGUUGCAAUUCUACUGUUACAAAGUGGCAAAGUAAGGUAGGAGGAACUCCUUAUUUGCCCCUCGAACAACAAUAUCCCCUUAAUUCGAAUGGAGAACCACUCCUAUUCCUAGCACAGCUGAAUUUCUCCGAGAUACCACAUAUUGAGGAUUUACCAGAAAAGGGAAUAGUGGAGUUUUAUAUUGAUGGCAAUGAUGAUCUCAUGGGUCUAGAAAAUAACGGAUUCAAAGUUUUAUACUUCGAGGAUAUUGUGCAAAAUGAUGCUGAACUUCAAACUAGUGGCUGUAAUAAUUGGACAUUUCCAAUAGGACCAUUUGAAGAAGAUGCCAGUUAUUCCAUGAGUUUUAAUCUUGAGAACCAGUAUAUUUCAGCAUCAGACUAUCGUUUCAAUAACAUUAUGAACUUUGAGGAAAACUGGGAAAUGUAUGAUGAAUACAGCCUUCUUUUUCCAUCUAAUGGUCAUCGGAUAGGAGGUUAUCCUUUUUUUACUCAAACGGACCCCCGAGCAGAUUCUGAAGUUCUGAAAGAUUAUGAAUUGCUAUUUCAGCUUGACAGCGAUAAAGAUAUUAUGUGGGGGGACAUGGGUGUUGGAUCGUUUUUCAUCAAACCAGAUGAUCUGAAGGAGCUCAAUUUCAGCAAUGUUUUUUAUAAUUGGGAUUGUACUUAA